UAAAAUUGUAUAUGCUUAUGCUUACGUUCUAUGUUAUUGUCCAUUAAGAUACGGUGCCAUUUGGACCUAUAUGGGGGAACAAAUAUAUAAAGGCCUAGUAGAAUCACACUACACCACCUCAGCUACAUAUAUGUAUAUAGGUCUUGUCUUUAUUCCAUUAGCUAAAACUCUAUAGGAGAAUGAGUCCACCACAAGAUCAUUCAGCAGGAAAUAUAUCCUUCUCAUGGGAAAAGAAGCCUGGUGUAUCCAAAGUAACUACUCAUGGUGAAAAUCUGAUCCCAAGUACAGAGAACAAGAUUUUGCCAAAUUUGCCACCCCCACCUUGCACAACAGAAUCAGCUAUUGCUAAAACCCCAGUUCAUGAUUUCCAAAUCCCACUUCCUCCUUGUGCUUUUCAACCUCCUUUUUAUAGAACUUCUUCCAAGAGGGGUCUUUUUGUUCAAGACAACGAUCCUUUCUUAGCAGCUUACAAAGAGUGCACCAAGAAUCAGGGAAGUGCUAAGAUGAACACAGAAUUGCCCAAGGCUGGUGUUGCAUCAAGGUUAAGGAAGAGCUUGUCUUUUUUCUCAUGUAAGCGAUCUUGCAAUGUUCGUGACAAUAAUUUGGUCAGGAUCUCACACCUCUCACAAACAUAGAUAGGAAUUGAUAUGUUUUUAACUUUCGUAGUUUAUGUUCUGCUGGGAGAUUCCUGUGUGUGAAGAAUAAUGUUAAGUGAGAAUGAUAAAAUAGCUGUUUUCUAUGCUCUUUUGUUCAUGAUUUGACGAAUGUUGUUCAACUGAUCCUCAUA